CAGCAUCACUACUACACACGUCCGAGGGCGUGCGCUGCGCCUCGCUCGCUCGCUCGCUCACUUUGUAGGCUACGUGACGUCAAACCAGCAUGGCGGUCAAGGUGCAAUCUACUAAACGUGGGGACCCCAGUGAGCUGAAAUCCAUCUUCCAGAAGUAUGCCAGUGUUGUGGACAAGGAUGGAGAAAAGUUUAUGACCCCAGGGGACUUUGUCCAGAAGUAUCUUGGACUAAACACACAGAUCCACCACAAUCCCAAAACUGUUCAGCUCAUUGCUGCUGUGGCUGACACCACAAAGGACGGGCUGAUCUCAUACCAGGAGUUUCUUGCUUUUGAAUCGGUGUUGUGUGCCCCUGAUGCGCUCUUCAUUGUAGCCUUCCAGCUGUUUGACAAGACUGGGACUGGAACCAUUUCCUUUGAAAAUGUGCGGGACAUCUUCAGCCAGACCACAGUGCACCACCACAUCCCCUUCAACUGGGACUGUGAGUUCAUCCGUCUGCACUUUGGGCACGACAGCAAGAAAUGCCUCAGCUACCUGGAGUUUACCCAGUUCCUGCAGGAGCUGCAGUUGGAGCAUGCACGCCAAGCGUUUGCCCAGAAGGACAAAGGGAAGAAUGGCGUCAUCUCUGCAAUGGACUUCAGUGACAUCAUGGCCACCAUCAGACACCACAUGCUCACACCCUUUGUCGAGGAGAACCUUGUGUCUGCUGCCGGUGGCAGCACCUCCCACAUGGUCAGCUUCUCGUACUUCAAUGCCUUCAACUCCCUCCUGAACAACAUGGAGCUGAUACGCAAGAUCUACAGCACACUGGCUGGCACGCGGAAGGACACACUCGUGACAAAAGAGGAGUUUGUUCAUGGUGCCAACAAGUUUGGACAGAUCACUCCCAUGGAAAUUGACAUCCUGUACCAGUUAUCAGGCCUGCACUCCCCCUCUGGGCGCCUGAAUCUUAUCGAUAUUGAGAGGAUAGCUCCUUUGGAGGAAGGAUGUCUGCCACACCACCUGGUUGAAAGUCAAAAACAGGCCCAUGGGGACAGUUCCAGGCCUGUGUGGCUACAGGUUGCAGAGUCAGCCUACAGGUUCACCCUGGGCUCCAUUGCUGGAGCUACGGGAGCCACUGCAGUGUACCCCAUCGACUUGGUGAAGACUCGUAUGCAGAACCAGAGGUCCACAGGAUCCUUCGUAGGCGAGCUGAUGUACAAGAACAGCUUCGACUGUGCUAAGAAGGUCCUUCGUUACGAGGGCGCCUUCGGCUUCUACAGAGGUAGGCAGGAAGAGCUCUCAAUCAGUGCCUGAAUGAUUCCCUUUCUGCAGCCAAUACACCAGUGAUGAAUCAGCAAAUCAAUCUUUCUUCUUACAGAGCCAGUUUUUAACAUUGUUAUCUCAAGACACUUUACACAAACAGAAGGACUAGACUUAACUCGUAUUUAU